GCGCACCGAUUGACAGUGCAGUCAGCCAAUCAGUACGUUGGUAGGCGGGUUGGGGGGGUGGGUGUAGCUUUCAGUGACGUAGGCACCAGGCUUGAGGCCCGCUGUUGUGCUGCAAGCGAUGCCGGAGAUCGGGAACCCCGAUGGAGGAGCUGGUGUGGGCCGACUCCGCUCCCACCACAGCCGGCAGAACUCCUUCGUCACCUUCUGUAACUGCACAGGUCGCAGCGUCCGGCCAGUCUGGAUCAACUACCACGGGCAACCCGAGACCUACGCCGAGAUGGCAGCGCAGAGCGGCCGCAAGAUGAAUACCUUCACAGGUCACCCCUGGAUGUUCCGCGAUGCAAUCUCUGACGACAGACUUCUUGUCAAUGGCCAUGAUGUCUUUGUCUCCCCCCCAGGCCAGGUGAAUGAGAUUGGGCAGCCUCGAUACAUCAUAGUUAAGAUCACCAUACCAGUUUACACACUAAAGGAGAGGUGUCUGCAAGUGGUGCGCAGCCUCGUGAAGCGGGAGGAUUACAGAAAUCUGGAGAUUGUCAGAUCACUCUGCGACGAACUGGAGGAUCAUCCCCAGGUCCUGAAAGAUCUUCAACGACUUCAGCAGCUGGCUGAACAGGAAGAAAAGAGCCAGAACUUAGAGUGACGUCAUUCCUUUCUUCCCCCACCCCCUCUCACCUAGAUCAACACUGGUAUAUUUUACAUAGGCAACCUAUGAACUGUGAUCUACCGGGGUGAAUAGAACGAACGUCAUCACUCAAUUUAAAUACGCCCUAAGAACAGUGACUCUCUAAUGUGACUAUGACACAAAGCUGUUGUCAAGAUUCCAACUGAUCAAUUAAUUAUUUAAUUGUUGGCAUUUUUGUAUUUUCCUCCUUUAUCUUCCUAUUUCUUGGACCAAAUGUUUUUUUUUACAUUGCUGGUGUGGAAAUCCUCUUGUAUCUUUCAGUGAAUACAGUGCUUAGUGAAUUACUGGACUGCCAUGGGCCUGUCACUAUCAGGCAGCAGUAGAAGUAAGUAGAUUUGGCCAGGAAGUUGGGGUAGCUCAGGUCUCUCGCAUGGGUGUCUGAGAAGCGAGUUUGCAGUUUAUUCUACAAGAGGGUAGAACUGGCUGGGAUCGAGAGAAAACACAGUGCUAAGUGUGUGAUACAAAAAAUGGUUAGUGUGUGAAACUGCUGCCAAGUGCAGCACUGAAGGAGCAAAAUGUGGAUGUAACAAAGAGGAAACUGGGUGACACAUGAGGAAUGGAAGAAUAAAAUUUGCUGAUGGAGCUGGAUAUAAUGGGCAGGGGAAGACUCACCCAGAGUAUAAACAGCAGCAUGGAGUAUUUGGGGAGAAUGCCCUGACUUUGUGUAGUUGUUGAAGGUGGCAUAAGCAUGAGUUUACUUGAGAAGCCAGCUAAGAUCCACAAAAUUGUAUGGCUCCUCACUGGGGAAAGGCUUUCUUGUUUAAACCUUAAAUUAAAAUUUCAGGAUAUUUGUAUGUGAGCUUGUGGUUGUUUCAUGUACUGAGCUCCCCAUUUGUAUGUGUUUGUGCCUCAACUAGCCCAUGUUGCCAGUUUAUUCUGCAUUGUAACCUCUGAAGUUCAUUAUUUGCUGCUGAGCUUGUGUUUAUGGUCCCCGGUUCUGGUCUUCUCUUUUGUCAUAACCCUGAAGACUACUGUUUGGUCACCUUAGACUUCAAUGUUUCCUAGUAGAUAUAAUUUCUGUGUUUCACUAUCAUCCCGGUAGAUUUUCUUUUCACCAUCUGGUCACUUCAUAUAAUUUUGCUAGAUGAAGCAGAUCUGUACCUGGUGCUGCUGGUACUCUAACCUCGGUGCUGUAAACGUUGAACAGAACCUUCAUGUCUUUCAAUUCUGUCCCCCUCCAGAAAUUCCCCUAGGAAUUCUCACUUUAUUUUUGGCUGCUUCCCUAUGUUACUACAUUUUAUAGUGAUGGUAUGGCUGUUCCCAGUCCUCUCCCAAUCCCUCGAUUUUCCUAUGCUAUUUAGAAACUUACUUUCCAAUGCAUAAACAGCCUCAUUCUUCCUUGUCCAAAUGUGUCACCUCACAGUUCUCCAUGUUAAAGUUCAUUUGUCAAUUCCUGCUCCACUCUACAAGUUUGUCUUCCUUUAUUUUAUCUCUAGACCUUCUCCAUUACUGCCAAUGUUUUAAUGUGUCUGGAAAUAUUGAAACUGCUUUUGGUACUGGUCUAAAUCCUUUGUGUAAAUACUAAACAGUGGAAGUUCCAGCAUUGGUUUGAGAGGAAGACUGCUCUCACCUCUCACCUCUUGUCUUGUUAGGGCUUGGGGAUUUUUGCUCUCCAUCCCACAACACCAGUCAUUCCCUUGACCCAACAGCAAUUCUGUGUGACAACGUUUCAUGUCCAAGACCAGACCUGUGUCUGCAAGACAUUCAGCUAUGCAAGGCAUGAUUGAUGCUGAGCUUGUGAAGUUCUAGUGGUAACACCCUAACAAGACCAUGACCUGAGCUCAGCUACUGAGUCAGACUAAAGUGGAUCUACAGAAUUCAUCGUACAAAGGUUGAUGUAAAUUUCAGGCAUCCUUUUAUUGCAAACAUUACUUGCUUUUUAGUCACUGCACCUGUGAUGUGGGCACAUUAAGUUCUUUGUAUAUAUUUUGUAUGUAAAAAUUGAAUAAAGCUAUUAAAAGUAUAUUGCACAA